AUGAAUGCUGACUUUAAGAAUGCCUUCGAAGCUCUUCAUAGUAAGGUGAAACUAGUGAACGACUUCUCAUCUGGAAAGAAACUGAAGUCUGAAGGUUUCGACAAAGAGUUAAAAGAAGUAGCACAAAAUAUGACGAAAAUAACAGAUGCAGCAACGAGACAGGCAGUUCAAAGUGCCUAUGACGCCGUUAGAGCAACUGUUGUGGAAAGUCAAGAAAAAGAGUUACAACAGACCAAAACAGACCUAGUAAAUGCUUUCUUAAGAACGAAAAGUCAGGUAGGACAUUAUGCUGCAGAUGGAACAUAUGUGCCAGCUGGUGGAACUUAUAUACCACCAAACCCUCCAAGAGAAGCACCUGCACCAGGACUACCUAAAACAUUUACAUCGUCACAUGGACACAGACACAGGCAUGCACCAAAACCAACACAACAACCAACAGUUCAAAACCCUGCACAGCAACAACAACCAGAGCAAGGACAACAACCAACACAACAACCAACAGUUCAAAAUCCAACACAACAACCACCUCCACAACCAGCACAGCAACAACCACAACCAGCACAGCAACCAACAGUUCAAAACCCUGCACAACAACAACCACAAACAGAGCAAGGACAUAAAAGAAGUAGAGAAAAAGGAAACCAAGAAUUCUUAAAAAUGCUUAAGGAAGAUUAUGGUUACCCAGAUACUCUUGACUUUAGUGACAGAUAUAAAGAAGCUAUUAGAAAGUUCAAGGAAGGAAAUACUGACCCGAACCUAUUUAGCUUUAUGGUUCAGCAUCAAAUGGGAUAUAAUCUCAAACCUGGAAAAUACAAGCUCGCUAAGGGAUAUGAUUUAAUAGCAUAUCAUCCAAAUGACAUGAAUGAAUUUACUCCGAGAUAUUUGGUGUCAGAGCUAAAUGAUAAUUCAACUCUCUUCAUGAAACGCGUAAAAAAUAGAGACGGAACGAAAGAAGAAAGGUUUAUGAGUCCGGAUGACUUAGAUAGGGAACUUGUUAAAAACGGUCUCGGAAUAUAUGAAAUGCCAGCAGAUGAGGUACAAGAAACUCAACAGGAAGAAGUUCAGAUACAACCAGACAUGGAAGAAAUAGUUCAGCAACAACAGCUAGAAGAGCCUGAAGGAAACGAACAAGUCCCUCCUUUGGAAACUAACUUCACAGAACUAGAUGAAGAUUUGGAACAGCCGAAAAAUCUUGACCCUCAACAAGAGUAUGAGGUGAAUAUGGAAUCUUUCCAAGAGUCUAAGAAAAAUUCGGCUGACAUAGUAGAAGAAUAUCGAAAAAUGUUCGCCGACAUACAAAAGACUCCAACAUCAGAUGAAAAUAUUCAGCAUAGAAUGGAAGUACUGAAAGAAAAUGUACGCAAAUACAAUAAUCCUUUUUACUUACGACCAUAUAAAGUUCAAUCUUUGGCUGAACUCG